CCGAAGGAUAACCCGCAUUGGAUUCCGCUUCUCUCCUGCUCAAAGCGAUUCAAUCCGCCCUCCAUCACGACAGAUACAGUCCUGCACAGUUCCUGCUUCGUUAUCAUCAUCUUCACCACCGCCUUGCACGGUUCCUGCUUCGUUAUCAUCAUCCUCGUCACCGUCUUCCGAAUCACCUCAUCACCUUCCCCCACCCCACCCUUACCGUACCGAUCCAACCGCAAUCAUGUCUUUGGGAAAAACAUUCAAGCUGAACACGGGAACCGAGAUUCCUGCCGUCGGAUUUGGAACCUUCGCCAAUGAAGGCGCCAAAGGGGAGUCCUACAAGUCCACAAAAUGUGCUCUGGAAGCUGGUUAUCGACACCUCGACUGUGCGUGGUUCUACUUGAACGAAGAAGAGAUCGGUGAAGCCAUUGCGGACUUCUUGAAGGAGCAGGGAGGAAAGGUGAAGCGCGAGGACCUCUUUAUCUGCACCAAAGUUUGGAACCACCUCCACGAGCCGGAAGAGGUCAAGUGGUCGAUGGAAGACUCACUGCGAAAGCUCAAGCUCGACUAUGUUGACCUCUUCCUGCUGCACUGGCCCAUUGCUGCCGAGAGGACAGACGACUACCAGCCCAAGCUCGGCCCGGAUGGAAAAUACAUCAUCAAGCACGACCUAACCAACAACCCGGAGCGAACCUGGCGAGCGAUGGAAGACCUGUACCGCAGCGGCAAAGCGCGGGCGAUCGGAGUGAGCAACUUCUCUAUCCCGCGGCUCGAGCAGCUGCUCUCGUUCGCGUCCAUCCCGCCCGCCGCCAACCAGGUCGAGAUCCACCCCUUCCUCCCGAACCAGGAGCUCCUCGACUUCGCCAAGUCGAAGAACAUCCUGCUCGUCGCGUACUCGCCGCUGGGCUCGCAGAACCAGGUCCCCACCACCGGCGAGAGGGUGUCCGAGAACGCCACGCUGAACGAGGUCGCGCGGAGGACGGGACAUACGCUGGCGCAGGUCCUCAUCGCUUGGGGCAUCAAGCGCGGUUAUCCCGUGCUGCCUAAGAGCGCAACCCCGAGCAGGAUCAGGAGUAACUUUGAGGGCUUCGAAUUGAGCGAGGACGACUUCCAGGCGGUCAAUGCCGUCGCUGAGGGAAGACACACGCGCUUCGUCAAUAUGAAGGAUACUUUCGGCUUCAACCUGUGGCCCGAGGAGGAGUAGUUGCCUGGGAGUUUCUUGCUUUUCCGUCUGUGUCUUGUCUCUUUUUGUGCAUCGUGUACAUACUCGUAGCUGUUUGAUUUCUUUCGUCUUGGAGUAGAUAGAAUGUGGAAGAAAUGCAUGUCUAUCACUCACCCCAUGACACGCCGUUCGGCUCUCUCCCUCUCU